AUGCAGGACUCAGACUUCCUUUAUCAAUUAGAUGCUGCAGUUCUUGAUGCUCAUUCGCAGCGCAAAUCAGCGGAAAACUUCGCAAGCUCAAUUAAAAAAUUCAUAGCUUAUGUUGAAGAGAAUUCAAAUUCUACUUGCAGCCUUAUCCAUCUCUGCAAAGAGUUCCACUUUCAGCGCAGAAGGUUUUAUGACGUAAUUAAUGUUCUCGAAGCUCUUAAUUUCUGCAAAAAAACGGGUGUAGAUGAAAUGGUUUGGUAUGGUCGAGCUAAUUUCAAGAAAAUGCUCUUACAGAUCAAGAAGUCAUCCAUAAAGGAAGAAAACAACUUUGAUCAAUGCAUCUCAAUUUCCGUACUCACCGUUAGAUUCAUCAAAUCUUUCUUCACUUUCAAUUCACAGACAAUUAACAUCAAGGAUAUUGGUAAUUACUUAUCAAGAGAAAAUGGACGCACCAAAACAACAACAUGUAAACUUUAUCAAAUUGCACACAUUCUCGAAGCAGCAUCCGUUGUUGAGAAAACAAUUAUGCCAGGCGAGAUCAGCUUACCUGAGGAGUAUUUCAGAAUAGAAGAAACUCAGCCAAAGAUACCAUUCACCAUCGAACAAUUGUUAAAUACUCCGGCACCGAUAAAGUCAAUGCAGCAGGAUUCCGUCCUUCUCGAUGUUGAUGAUCUCGCUUCUCACCUCGCUGCUUAA